GCUGUGCUCGGGGCUGAGUGGUGAAUGCUUGCAGACAUAGUGUGCAUGAACCGCAUGGAGGACAUCCUGGGGUUGGUGGCCGCAGACGACCUCCCCACCAAGGCCAAGUGGGUGGUGCAGAAGUACAUAGAGACACCACUGCUCAUCUACGACACCAAGUUUGACAUCAGGCAGUGGUUCCUGGUCACUGACUGGAACCCCCUGACCAUCUGGUUCUACAAGGAGAGCUACCUACGGUUCUCGACACAGCGCUUCUCCCUGGACAGCCUGGACAGGUGCCAGGCAUGGCCAAGGCUUAACACGCCUCAGCCACAGGAAGACCCACCCUGCACGGUGUGUGCUGCCCCGUCUGCUGGGAGCUGAGUGGCUGGCCAUGGUCGCACACCAUUACUGUCCUGCUCUCUCAGGGCCCACCAGGAACA